AGAGGCCACCAUGAAGCUGAAGCAGCGGGUUGUGCUGUUAGCAAUCCUCCUCGUCAUUUUUAUCUUCACCAAAGUUUUCCUGAUAGACAAUUUAGACACAUCAGCUGCCAACCGAGAGGACCAGAGGGCGUUUCACCGAAUGAUGACUGGCUUGCGGGUGGAGCUGGUGCCCAAGUUGGACCACACCCUGCAGUCUCCUUGGGAGAUUGCAGCCCAGUGGGUGGUGCCCCGGGAAGUGUACCCUGAAGAGACACCAGAGCUGGGAGCAAUCAUGCAUGCCAUGGCCACUAAGAAAAUCAUUAAAGCUGACGUGGGCUAUAAAGGGACACAGCUGAAAGCUUUACUGAUUCUUGAAGGAGGACAGAAAGUUGUCUUCAAGCCUAAGCGGUACAGCAGAGACUAUGUGGUAGAAGGGGAGCCAUACGCUGGUUACGACAGACACAACGCAGAGGUGGCGGCCUUCCAUUUGGACAGGAUUCUGGGUUUCCGCCGAGCUCCCUUGGUCGUUGGCAGAUAUGUUAACCUGCGAACAGAAGUUAAGCCUGUGGCCACGGAGCAGCUGCUCAGCACCUUCCUCACCGUAGGAAACAAUACUUGUUUCUAUGGGAAGUGCUACUAUUGCCGAGAAACAGAGCCAGCAUGUGCUGAUGGAGACAUGAUGGAGGGCUCCAUCACACUUUGGCUUCCAGAUGUGUGGCCUCUGCAGAAGCAUCGGCAUCCCUGGGGCAGGACUUACCGAGAGGGCAAAUUGGCCAGGUGGGAAUAUGACGAGAGCUACUGCGACGCUGUGAAGAAAACAUCCCCCUAUGACUCAGGCCCACGCCUCCUCGACAUCAUUGACACGGCUGUCUUUGAUUACUUGAUUGGCAACGCUGACCGCCAUCACUAUGAAAGCUUUCAAGAUGACGAAGGCGCUAGCAUGCUUAUUCUUCUGGAUAAUGCCAAAAGCUUUGGGAACCCCUUGCUGGAUGAGAGAAGCAUCCUUGCCCCUCUCUAUCAGUGUUGCAUCAUUCGGGUUUCAACUUGGAAUAGACUGAAUUAUCUAAAGAAUGGAGUACUAAAGUCUGCCUUAAAAUCUGCCAUGGCCCAUGACCCCAUCGCCCCUGUGCUCUCCGAUCCACACUUGGACACUGUGGACCAGCGGCUUCUGAAUGUCCUGGCCACCAUCAAGCAGUGUACCGACCAGUUUGGGAUGGAUACUGUGCUGGUGGAAGACAGGAUGCCUCUCUCCCACUUGUAACUCUCAAACAAGUGGAACUGAUUUUUACAAAGAUAGAGAAACAGCACAAUCAAUUCCAAAUGGCAUGUGAUGGCCUGCAAGUGGCCACAGCAGGUGCUGGUGAUAGAAGACGUGGCCCUGGGAGUGCUCGGUGUUUUCUGCAGUGCAAGCUAAAGGCCACAGAUCAGCGGGGCGUCUGUGCGGGGGUCAGCGCUCAAACUCAGCCAGCCGCUCUGCCCAGCCUUCGUUCCCACCCACGCCGGCUGAGGAAUGGGUUCCAGAGGAUGUGUCUGGGGCUAGCCUUGCUCUCCUUUCUCACAGCCAUGGAUUCUCUGAAAACACUUUGUAGUCCCUGUGUCUUUAAAAAACAAAAACCAGAACUAGUCAGAUUGAAAAA